AACAAGUGAAGGCGCCAAUUGGAGUCUCUCAGUCUCUCUCGAAUCCCUAAUCCCUCUCUCUGCGGCGCCACCACCCACAAAACAAAACCCUCUUUACCUAAUUACCUUUUUGUCCCUAUCAUUCUCUUGUUCAUUGAGGCAUUUCAUCGAACAUGUCAUCGGCGAAGUGGCGUGCUCUUCAACACCGCCACCGCUACACCUACAGCGCCGUCACCUUCCCCUCCUCUUUCCUCUCUGCACUCUCCUCCGUCCUCCCCAACCCCCUCUUCUCCAACUUCCACUCCACCCUCCUCCAACUCACCACCCUCUCCUCCACCUUCUCCCAACUCUCCCACUCCAAACACCUCGCUUCCUCUUUCUCCCAACUCCUCCAAUCCCUUCCUCAAGAUGAUCACCACCACCACUACCCUGCUCUUCUAGAAGCUUCCACACUCUACUUGGAGCUCCUCUUUCUAGAAAAUUCCGCGCCUUUACACCGGACUCUUGUCUCUGUGCUAGCCAAGGAGAAAACUUGGUGCCCUUUUAUUGCUGGAUGCUUCAAGAAGCUCUGCGAGGAUUAUACUGCCGGUGGCGGCAACAAGGGGAGUCGGUUUGCGGCCUCAAGGGCGGUGCUGUCGGUGCUGGGGAUGCCCAAGUUGGGGUACUUGGUUGAUGUGGUGAAGGAGUGUGCUGUGUUGGUGGGUUGGGAUGUGGUGUGUGGCUUGGAGAGUGUGCUUUGUGAGACUAGUGAUGGGUGGGCUAGGCCUUCCCCUAUUGUCAUGGAGCAGUGUCAGGAGGGUUUGUCUUGUUUGUAUUACUUGCUGCAGAAGUUUCCUCAUAAGUUUAGGGAAAUCAGUGAUGGUGCUGGUGAUGGGAAUUGUGAUCGUAAGGGUGUUAUGGAGGGAGUUGUUAGUGUUCUUUUGAGUGUUUUGAGGUCGUCGGCAUUCUCACGGGACUGCUUUGUGGCUGCUGGGGUGGCACUCUGUGCUGCCCUUCAGGUGUGCUUGAGCUCGCAGGAGCUUGGAUUGGUGUUGAUUCAUGGUGUUUUUAACUUAAAGGUGUUGAAUUCCAGGGUUGAUUGCGGCAGUGGGUUUAGCAAUGCCACUGGAAAGAUUCCUUGUAAGGAUGAUUUCUACAAUGAAAUGUGUAGUCUUGUUGUGCUAAGUAGGCUUUGCCUCAUAAGAGGGAUUCUUACCGCGGUUUCUAGGGACUUGCUUAACACUCAUUUUGUGUCCAUGGAUGGUGGCUGUGAGGUUCAGAAUGAUGAGGAAAGAACUAUCAAGACUAUAUUGUAUGAUGGGAUUUUGCCUGAGCUCUGCAGGUAUUGCGAGAAUCCUGUUGAUAGCCAUUUCAAUUUUCAUGCCUUGACUGUGAUGCAAAUAUGUUUGCAACAAAUAAAAACAUCGAUAUUGUCAAAUCUUACUGAUCUUUCAGGAGACUAUGAUCCUAUUCCUGAGGAAAUGGGCAUGCGAAUACUUAGAAUUAUUUGGAACAACUUAGAAGAUCCUUUAAGUCAAACAGUGAAACAAGUUCAUCUCAUUUUUGAUCUAUUCUUAGACAUUCAGUCAUCUCUUUGUAAGUCAGAGGGUAGUGAGAAAAUUAACAAGUUCUUACAGAAGAUUGCAUUAGAUCUUCUUUCCCUGGGGUCACGAUGUAAGGGAAGAUAUGUUCCCUUAGCAUUGCUAACCAAGAGGUUGGGAGCAAAGAAAAUGUUGAAUAUGAGCCCUGACCUGCUAUUUGAUACCGUACAGGCAUAUGUAGAUGAUGAUGUCUGCUGUGCUGCCACAUCAUUUCUCAAGUGUUUCCUUGAAUAUUUGCGUGAUGAAUGUUGGGAGACUGAUGGCAUUGAAGGUGGGUAUGCUACCUAUAGAGGUCUUUGCCUUCGCCCAUUUCUUUAUGGACUAGCUUCUGGAUUCUCAAAACUUCGCUCCAAUUUAAAUACUUAUGCACUUCCAGUUUUACUAGAAGUGGAUGUGGAUAGUAUAUUUCCUAUGCUUUCAUUCAUCUCAGUUGGGCCAAGUGGGGAUGAAAGUGGACUGCAAUGUCCCGAGCAUGUUUGUGGAAAUAUGGAAUUGAAUCUUGAACAGAGAAUUGCAAUUCUAGUUUCAUUGCUCAAGGUAUCUAGGUCUCUUGCUUUGGUUGAAGGAGAUAUUGAUUGGUGUGAGAAUCCUGACGAAAAGGAACAGAUGGGAGUAGAAAAACAUGCUUUUGUUUGCAUAAAGGGUACACAUGUUAAGAUCCUUGUUCAGUGGCUAGUGAAUGCAUUGACACAUGUUGAUGAGUCACUACGUGUAGAUGCUGCUGAGACUCUUUUCUUAAACCCGAAGACAGCAAGUCUUCUUUCUCAUUUAGAGCUAACUCUAAUGAAGGAAGCUGUACCUUUGAAUAUGAGGUGUUGCUCCACUGCUUUUCAGAUGAAAUGGAACAGCUUGUUUCGUAAGUUCUUCUCUAGGGUUCGAACAGCCCUGGAGAGACAACUAAAGCAAGGAAACUGGAUCCCUCUUGAGCAUAAUAAUUGUAACAAAGUUCUUUCUUCAAAUGGGAACAAGGAAUUGACAAUUAAAAGAGCAGAUGAUCUCUUUCACUUUAUGAGGUGGUUGAGCGGUUUCUUAUUUUUUUCAUGCUAUCCUUCUGCCCCUUACAAGAGAAAAAUGAUGGCAAUGGAUCUCAUCUUGACUAUGAUAAAUACUUGGUCUAUGAAGCCAUCAGCUAGUGAGAACUUUAACAGUUCUUUCUCAGGAAAUCAUCUCUAUCCUUACUGUAAGGGAGUGACUUCAUCUGAUUCAACUCUAUUGUUAGUUGGCUCAAUUGUUGAUAGUUGGGACAGGCUGCGUGAGAGUUCAUUUCGCAUAUUACUUGAUUUUCCAAACCCACUUCCUGGAAUUUCAUGUGAAGCCAUGCUGAAGCAGGUAAUUGACUGGGCUAUGAAAUUAGUUUGCAGUCCACGUGUAAGGGAAAGUGAUGCUGGAGCUCUAACUUUACGGCUUAUAUUUAGGAAGUAUGUACUGGAGCUAGGUUGUUCAAUUGAAGAUUCAUUUAAUGUCAUACAUUUAAGUUCAAAAUCUGAAUUGGUAAAUGAGGUUAAUCAGUCUGGUACAUUCAGGAACCCUGUGAUACUUUAUAUGAAAUCAAUGGUUGAUUGGUUGGAUGCUGUUGUGAGAGCCGGAGAACAAGAUCUUUCUAAAGCAUGCAAGAACAGCUUUGUUCAUGGUGUAUUACUAGCUUUACGUUAUACUUUUGAGGAAUUGGAAUGGAAUUCUGAUGUGGCAUUGUCUAGCAUAGCAGAGAUGAGAAAUUUGUUGGAAAGGCUGUUGGAGCUUAUAAUGCGGAUAACUUCGUUGUCACUAUGGGUGGUGUCUUCAGAUGCUUGGUAUCUUCCUGAAGACAUGGAUGAUAUGGGUGAUGAUGAUAAUCUUUUGAUAGAGAUACCAGAUGACGAGCAUGAACACAUGCCUUCAUCUGAAAAUGAUAAUAAUUCAAAGCCCUCCCAUGCUGCCAGAUCUUCAGAACAGAUUGUUAUGGUUGGUUGCUGGUUGGCUAUGAAAGAGGUGAGCCUUCUUUUGGGGACUGUCAUAAGAAAGGUACCAUUGCCAAGUGGUGCUUCUUCAGAGUUAUCCGAGUCUGACAAACCUUCUGUUAAUGCUGCUGGUUUUUCAUCUGAUUCUGUGCUUGAUUUGGAACAACUUGAAAAAAUUGGGAAUCACUUUCUAGAAGUCCUGUUGAAAAUGAAGCACAAUGGCGCAAUUGACAAGACGAGGGCUGGGUUCACAGCUCUUUGCAAUCGCUUACUUUGCUCUAAUGACCCAAGACUUUGUAGAUUGACAGAGUCCUGGAUGGAACAACUUAUGCAAAGAACUGUAGCCAAAGGACAAACGGUGGAUGAUUUGCUAAGAAGAAGUGCUGGAAUACCUGCUGCAUUUAUUGCUCUAUUUCUUUCCGAGCCAGAAGGAACUCCAAAGAAGCUUCUCCCACGAGCAUUAAGGUGGCUUAUUGAUGUAGCUAGUGGGUCUAUGCUGAAUCAGAUAGAAACUGAUUGCUUAAGUGGUGACCCUUCCAAGUCAAAUGGUUCAAUGAACAAAAAUGAAUCCGCACAUUCUGCUGAAAGAAAUGUGAGCCAGGUGUCUUCAAAGAUCAGAGAUGAGGGUGUCAUUCCUACAGUACAUGCAUUUAAUGCUCUAAGAGCUGCAUUCAAUGAUACUAACUUGGCUACCGAUACAUCUGGUUUUGCUGCUGAGGCUUUGAUUUUGUCUAUUCGGUCUUUCUCUUCACAAUACUGGGAGAUUAGAAAUAGUGCUUGCCUGGCUUUUACCGCUUUGGUUCGCCGCAUGAUUGGAUUUCUCAAUGUUCAUAAACGAGAAUCCGCUCGACGUGCAAUAACUGGGCUCGAGUUUUUUCAUAGGUACCCAUCGCUGCAUUCAUUUAUGUUCAAUGAACUGGAAGUUGCAACAGAGUUUCUGGGCCCUGCAUCUUCAGGAGACUCGGUAUCGAACCAGGGAAACAAUCUGCAUCCAAGCUUGUGUCCUAUUCUGAUUCUUUUAUCGAGGCUCAAGCCUUCAUCAAUAGCUGGUGAAACAGGAGAUAAUCUAGAUCCUUUUAUGUUCAUGCCUUGGAUUAGGAGAUGUUCAACCCAAAGCAACUUACGUGUUCGUGUACUUGCAUCUAGAGCUCUAACAAGUCUGGUGUCAAAUGAGAAAUUGGGAUCAGUGCUUCUAAAUAUUGCUUCUGAGUUGCCCUGCAUAGAGAACCCAGACAAAUCUGCUACUUCUGCAAAGGAACCAUGUACAAAUAAUGGUUCCUAUAAGAUUUCUUUCAACUCUAUUCAUGGAAUUCUCUUGCAGUUGAGUUCUCUGUUGGAUAUAAACUGUAAAAAUCUUGCUGAUAACUCAAAGAAAGAUCAUAUAAUUGGUGAAUUGAUCCGAGUACUUAUACCUAAGUCAUUUAUUGCAAGACCUAAUCAUUGCCCUUGCCCGAUCCUUAAUGAAACAUUCUUAAAGGUUCUGGAUCAAAUGCUUAGCAUCGCAAGAACAUGCCAAAUAACAAAACAUUUUUAUCCCAUUCGCAACCUGCUUUUAGAAUUAUCUGCGGAAUGCUUAGAUUUAGAGGCCAAUGGAUUGCCAUAUUAUGACCCAACAGUUGCUGAACUUCGUGAACAAGCAGCCAUUUCCUAUUUUAGCUGUUUGUUCCAAGCAUCCAAUGAUGAGCAAGAAGUAAUCCAUUCGUCACUGAAGCAUUCUCUUCCCAGUUCAAAAAUGUUGCAUAAACAUGACUCAGAGAACGUUUCUGCCAGUCUUUUGGAUAGGUUGAUUCACUGCUUGUCAGAUUCGGCAUAUGAAGUUCGACUUGCAACACUGAAAUGGCUGCUGAAUUUCCUAAAAGCAGCUGAUUCGGGAGGUAAUGUCUAUGAUCUUUCUAGUAAGGACAUCAGGGAUUUUCAGCUUUGGGCUGAAGCAAACCUUCAUGGAACAUUGGUGAAGAUCUUGACAUUAGAGAAACACCAUAAAUGUAAAUAUUACAUCUUGAGGAUCCUUGUAGCAUGGAAUUUGCUGCAGUUUGAAAAGGCAAGAGGUGGCAAAUGCACCAGCACAACUUAUAUUGGUGAAAUGGACUUUGAGACUCUCUUUCAAUUUUGGAAUGAUUUAGUUUCUAUGUACAAGCAAAUAAGACAUGCGAAGACUCGAGAAACCCUUGUUUGCUGUUUGGGAGUAUGUACCAAGAGGAUUACCAUGUUAUUUGCAAGUUCUGUUCUAUUUAAUGAAGGAAUGGAGAAACUUGUAAAUAAUGAGGAAAUGCUUGUCUGGUUGUUUGAAUCCAUUGUUUACUUUUGUAACAUGAUUAAACAAUGUAGUUCAUCAUCUGAACCAGCAAGUAUGCGCAAGGCAGCUGCUGAAUCCUUGAUAGCGUCUGGUUUGCUUGAGCAGGCUGCACUUGUCGGCUCGCAUGUUGUCAAUAACCAUGUUCCCUCGGGCACUUCAUCUCCUGGUUUUGUGAAAAAUGAAGCCGCAAAUUUGUACGCUCAUCAAGUACUGGAUGCAUGGUUCACAUGCAUCAAGCUUCUGGAGGAUGAAGAUGACUCUGUUAGAUUGAGACUUUCUUUAGAUGUUCAAAAGUGUUUCACUUCAAAAGGAUUAAGCAGGAGCUAUCCCUCUGGAUCAGUUCCAACCCAAGUAGAUAGGGUCAUAAGAUUCUGUUUUGACCACCUAUCUUCCAUCUUUGGUCACUGGAUUGAUUACUUUGAUUACCUUUGUCAAUGGGUAUUACAUGCUGCAAGCUAUGUAGCAGCUCCUAAAGGAGAUCUCGUGAGGCAGGUUUUCGACAAGGAGAUUGACAAUCAUUAUGAAGAGAAGCUGUUGAUCAGCCAAAUUUGUUGCUCCAACAUGGAAAGCCUACCUACUUUGAAGUCUUGGGCCCACAAAGAUGAAUUCAGGAGUUAUUUACAUGGAUGGAGGAUGAGAUUCUUCCAUCAACUGGUGUGGUAUGCUGAAGAACAUCUUGGGAAAGAGGAAAGUAAUGUUUGGUUAGGAGGCUUGGGUAACCAUAAAGAUGCAUUUUUGCCCUUGUAUGCAAAUUUACUUGGUUUCUAUGCCCUCUCAAACUGCAUUUUCCUUGUGUCUGGAAAUAAUGAUGCCAAAAAGCUGUUAUCUGAUGUGGACAUGCUUGGAAGAGCCAUUAAUCCAUUCCUUAGAAACCCUUUAAUUUCUAACUUAUAUAUGUUAGUCCUACAUUCACAUGAGAAAAUGAUCACUGAUGUUGCUGAUAGCUUAUUCCCUGAGAUGGGAUAUGAUUCUAACUGGGAGAGUUAUAAUGCUUAUUUUCUUCUUGGUUAGGACUUUGUAUCUAGUUGUAAUUUAAAAUUUCACAGGAGAGCCGUUUGUGAAAGGCUCAAGGAAGUUUUCAGUAGUUUGUAGUAUUUAUGACAAUUGAUAAGGGAUUAUUUGUUUUUUGAGAA